ACAUGCGCAGUGACGCCGAGGCGAGGUCGCGGCGAAGCAGAGGCGCCGGGGUUUCUGGGCCGGGCUUCUCAGGACCGGGCUGGAACGUGCAGCUCCUGGCCGGGACACUCUGUGCUUUGCGGGGAUGGGAAGUGGCGGAGCCCGAGGACCCGCUGCCGCUCGGGACUGAGCCCGCCACGCAGGCGCCUGUGCCAGCGUCGCCAUUGUUGCCUGUGGCCUUAGGGCCGCUCCGGCUGCCCGUCGGCCGGGUCCCAGCGACAGGGUCUCUUAUCCAUCCCUGCAAGUUCUGGGCUCAGAAUUUGUCACUAAGGCUGCUAACUCUACCUUGAUUCUGUUCUGCCCUCGGCUGCAGCAGCCUUUGAUAUAGUGUCCUUGUGACUCUAGCAUGAGACUUCAAGCAGUUGGCUCACUACUGGAGAAAUAAAGGAUAUUGCCAGAUUGACUCUCCUGUCUGUAGCAAUGUUAGCCUCAAGCAAGAGGAUGAACAGUUCUUCACGUUCUCAAAUCCUUCUAAGGUGGAAGUCAGACAAGGCUCAGAGUGGACCCUACAAUGUUGAGAAGGAAAUCCUUACUUCGAGAUUCUUGCGUGACACUGAGACCUGUCGACAGAAUUUUAGGAAUUUUCCAUACCCAGACCUGGCUGGUCCUCGAAAGGCAUUGAGUCAACUCCGAGAGCUCUGCCUUAAGUGGCUGAGACCUGAGAUUCACUCAAAGGAACAAAUUUUGGAGCUGCUGGUGCUGGAGCAAUUCCUGACCAUCCUGCCUGGUGAGGUUAGGACUUGGGUAAAGUCCCAGUAUCCAGAGAGCAGCGAGGAAGCAGUGACUCUGGUGGAGGAUUUGACUCAGAUUCUAGAAGAGGAAGCUCCUCAAAACUCUACCCUUUCCCAAGAUACCCCAGAGGAAGACCCCAGAGGAAAACAUGCUUUCCAGGCAGGAUGGCUAAAUGACUUGGUGACCAAAGAAUCGAUGACAUUCAAAGAUGUGGCUGUAGACAUCACCCAGGAGGACUGGGAGUUAAUGCGUCCUGUGCAGAAGGAAUUAUACAAGACUGUGACGUUACAGAACUAUUGGAACAUGGUUUCUCUGGGACUUACAGUGUACAGACCAACUGUGAUUCCCAUAUUGGAAGAACCAUGGAUGGUGAUAAAAGAAAUUUUAGAAGGCCCUAGUCCAGAAUGGGAAACUAAAGGCCAAGCAUGUACUCCAGUGGAGGAUAUGUCUAAACUCACAAAGGAAGAAACCCAGACCAUCAAAUUAGAAGACUCAUAUGACUACAAUGAUAGAUUAGAGAGGCGAGCAACAGGUGGCUUCUGGAAAAUUCACACUAAUGAAAGAGGUUUCAGUUUGAAGUCAGUCCUUUCACAAGAAUAUGAUCCUACAGAAGAAUGUCUUAGUAAAUAUGAUAUAUAUAGAAAUAAUUUUGAAAAGCAUUCAAACCUAAUUGUACAGUUUGAUACCCAAUUAGAUAAUAAAACUUCUGUGUAUAAUGAAGGCAGGGCAACCUUCAAUCAUGUCUCAUAUGGUAUUGUACAUAGGAAAAUACUUCCUGGAGAGAAGCCUUACAAGUGUAAUGUGUGUGGGAAAAAAUUUAGGAAAUACCCAUCCCUCCUGAAACACCAAAGUACCCAUGCCAAAGAGAAAUCGUAUGAAUGUGAAGAAUGUGGGAAAGAGUUUAGGCAUAUCUCAUCCCUCAUUGCACAUCAGAGAAUGCACACUGGAGAAAAACCUUAUGAAUGCCACCAGUGUGGUAAAGCCUUCAGCCAGCGUGCACACCUUACCAUACAUCAGAGAAUUCAUACUGGAGAGAAACCCUAUAAGUGUGAUGACUGUGGGAAAGACUUUAGUCAGCGUGCACACCUUACCAUCCAUCAAAGGACACAUACUGGAGAGAAACCAUAUAAAUGCUUGGAAUGUGGUAAAACCUUCAGUCAUAGUUCAUCACUGAUUAAUCAUCAGAGAGUUCAUACCGGAGAAAAACCUUAUAUAUGCAAUGAAUGUGGGAAGACUUUCAGUCAGAGUACACACCUUCUUCAGCAUCAAAAAAUACAUACUGGGAAGAAACCAUAUAAAUGCAAUGAAUGUUGGAAAGUGUUUAGUCAAAGUACUUACCUUAUUCGACAUCAGAGAAUUCAUUCUGGAGAGAAGUGUUAUAAAUGUAAUGAAUGUGGAAAAGCCUUUGCUCAUUCCUCAACCCUUAUUCAACAUCAAACCACUCACACUGGAGAGAAAUCCUAUAUAUGUAAUAUAUGUGGGAAAGCCUUCAGCCAGAGUGCAAAUCUUACUCAACAUCAUAGAACACAUACUGGAGAGAAACCAUAUAAAUGCAGUGUGUGUGGGAAAGCAUUCAGCCAGAGUGUGCACCUUACUCAACAUCAGAGGAUUCAUAAUGGAGAAAAACCCUUUAAAUGCAAUAUAUGUGGGAAAGCAUAUAGACAAGGUGCAAAUCUUACUCAGCAUCAAAGGAUUCAUACUGGAGAAAAACCCUAUAAAUGUAAUGAAUGUGGGAAAGCUUUCAUUUAUUCCUCAUCACUUAAUCAACAUCAGAGAACUCAUACUGGAGAGAGACCCUAUAAAUGUAAUGAAUGUGAUAAGGAUUUUAGCCAGAGAACAUGCCUUAUUCAACACCAGAGAAUUCACACAGGAGAGAAACCCUAUGCAUGUCGUAUAUGUGGUAAAACCUUCACCCAGAGUACAAACCUUAUUCAGCAUCAACGUGUUCAUACAGGUGCCAAACAUCGUAAUUAAUGGAUAAGGGAAACUUCAAUUCGGUUUUACAACUUCGUUUCAAUUUUAUUUUGUGCAUUCUGUGUGUCGAAACAUUCAGAAGAAAUCCGAAGAAGUGCAAUAUGUUAGAUACCACUCAGCAGAAGUAUCAGAAGUAGUGGUAUGGAUAUAACCUAUUUAGAUUUAAUGUGAAAUUUAAGAAGGAAACUUGACUUCUUAACCUUAAUUUGAUAUGAGUUUAAUUCAUUACAGAAAGAAACCCUGUGAAGGGUAUUCAAAAACGUAACUCAUCAACUCUUUAUUUCAAGUACAGUCAUCCCUCAGUAUACUCGGGAGAUUGGUUCCAGGACCCCCCAUGUAUACCAAAAUCUACCCAUACUCAAGUUGCACAGUCAGCCUGGUGGAACCUGUGUAUAUGAAAAGCCCUACAUCUACGCAGGUUUCCCGUCCCUGAAUAAUGUGCUUUCAAACUCUGUUCAGUUGAAAAAAAAAUUCCAGUAUAAGUGGAUCUGUACAGUUCAAACCAACUGUACAUCCUAAUGAGGCCUUAUGAGUGUAACUUAGGAAAGUGUCCAUCAAGUAGAGAUUUCACACUAGAGAGUGAUCUUAAAAUUUCAGAAAAGAGAAAGCUGCUUUCAGGCCUUUUAUUCCCAGCUUUGAAGCCUUAAAAUAUGUAAAGGACUCCCUUCCCUGUUUUACUUCCCCUUCUCCCGUUAUGCCGUAACUGCCAUAUGGAGCCAGUAGGUUUGAAAAAAAAAACAGUUGGAAGUAUCGUAAAGAUUUCUGUGUGACUAUGGUUUGGUGACACCUUCCCUCAGAUAUGGAAAUAUUAAAGAGAAGCUUAAUGAAAGAUAUGUUAUGAUAGAAACUAAUGUGUAUGUAACAUUAGAUGUGUAGAGAUUUAGUUAAAUGGGCAAAAAUUAAAUGCCCCAAGCUUAAAUGAAUUUUCAAUACACAUUAGCCUUGAUUUCACUAGGUUUUGACAUUCAAGGGCAUCCUGAAGGAAAAAAGUAGGUAUAAAAUAUACAGUUCCCAUUUUUUUCACCUGACUCCUAAAUUUGUACUUUAGGUUUCUUUGUGACUGUUUUACUAUGGAAAGUUCAUUUCUUCCACUGAAACACGUUUCUUGAGUGUCUGCUAUGCUCAGGUCCCAAACUUCCUAAUUGGAUCCUCUCAAGGCUUGUUACAGUGCUGAAAAUCACAGGUGGUUUACACAACAGAAAGAUUUCUAGAGUGAUGAGAAAGUGAGGAUGUGAUAUUUUGUCAUGGGUUGAGCGUAAGCAACCUGCUAAAAUGGGUUGCCAAAUGCUACCUAUAUCCCAAGAGAAGGAAGUGGAAGUAAUAGUGUAGCUAUAUAAAUAAUGUGAGAAAAAAUAAAUAAUGGAAAAUAGAUUUGAGUUCACUGCAGAAUGUGGGUCAGGGGAAAAGGUGAAAUUUUAAUGGAGUGAGGAAAACAUACAUAGAUAAUUGCUAUAACAUGAAAUGUAAUUGGACUUGCUUUGCCUAUGAAAUGAGAGUGGCUAAAUAAAAAAGAAUUCAGCCUGGUUAUUAGAAGAAACAAACAAAAUGACUGAUUUUUAAAGAAUAAUUGGAAGCCUGACACUCCUUCAUACAUACAAGUAAAAUAGAGAUUUAACAUGUCAGGAAAAAAUUUAAUUGGAAAAAGCAUUGAUGCAGUAAUCAUUAAACAAUGAUAACUGGGGUUGUGGGUCUCAAACAUAAAAGGAAAACUGGCAGAAAUGCAAACAGAAAUAGAUAAAAAAACUAUUGUAUUUCAUAUUUACAGCAUUCCACUACCAGAAUAUAAGGCCAUAUUCUGAGAACUGAGAUUUCAUUGUGCUCAUAUUUGUUUCUCCAGUCCCUUGCAUAAUAGUGCAUGAUCAAUACAUGGUUGAAUUAAUGAAUAAAUUAUGUAAAUUAGAUUUCAGUAAUAAAGUAGAAUUGACUGGCAGGGAGUGAAAACUGGUAUAACUAAAAAUACUUUUGUGCAUAUAUCAAAGAAAUGUUCAACAAAUAACAUUUACUUGGGAACUGCUUAAAAAUUGUGAAUCAGAUUUCAUGGGACAUCUUUGUACAGGAAGUUUUCCUGAGCUAAAUGAGGGGAAAUUGAUAUCAAUUCUGGUACUAUAAAUAUCAAUUUAAGCAUGUAUUAACCAUGCAACUUCUUUUGGACAUUACUGUUUAUAAAACCAUCCUACAAACAGGUACUGAAGUAAAGACCCAGGAUGCUAGCAUCCUAAAGUCUAUAUUAUUGAGUGUUUUCUUUAAAAAACUUGAUUUCCAUUUCCCUUACAUUAGUUAACCUUGGUUUCAUAGUAUCAUCCUGCACAAAGUACAGGUUGCAGAAUACUCAAACUGUGCUUAUAUAGCUAUGUUUUUUAAAAUAAUAGUUGUUUGAAAAUCUUAUUUUUUUGAUGCUGCUUCAUCCCUCACACAGCACUUAUUUCCCUUUGAGCAUGUGGCAUGUGACAGUCCAUAGCGCCUUCCUUUGCAUUACUCUGUAUUUCCUGCCUUUGUAUGUUUUAUGUAAAUAAUGCAUUUAUAAAGUCUUCCACCGAUAAACAGAGGCAAUUGAUGGCCUUAUAAAAUAACAGACUAGUAGUAGUGGAGAACCCUAGAUCUUUGUGUAUUUUUCCCACUUUUACAGUUGUCUGACCCACAAAUUAUUCAACAGUUUUUAGCAAAUAGCCUUAUUUUCCAGAACUUUUUAUUAUGAGUUUUCAAAUAUACAGAAAGUUUUAAAAAUAAUAAAAUUAACUGUAUACCCACCUAAAUUUAAAAACUAACAUUUUGCCAUAUUUUUUUUCAACCAAACAUUGGAAAGUAACUUACAGACAUGACAUUUCAUCUCUAAAUACUUAAGCAUGCAUCUUAUAAAAAUAAGGAUGGUCUUUUAUAUAACCACAAUACAUUUACAUACCUUUAAAAAAAAAGAACAGUAAUUCCCUAAUAUCUGAAGACCUAGUCUAUGUUUAAAUUUCCUCUGUUGAUCCAGUCAGUUUUCACACAUAGUAUUUGAUUAUCUGUUUCAUCUAUCUAGAACAGUCCCCACUUUGGUUUUUCCUUUUUUUUUUUUUUUUUUUUGAGAUGGAGUCUCACUCUGUCACCCAGGCCAGAGUGCAGUGGCGCAAUCUCGGCUCACUGCAAGCUCUGCCUCCCAGGUUGACACCAUUCUCCUGCCUCAGCCUCCUGAGUAGCUGGGACUACAGGCGCCCGUCACCACACCCGGCUAAUUUCUUUGUAUUUUUUUAGUAGAGACGGGGUUUCACUGUGUUAGCCAGGCUUGUCUCAAUCUCCUGACCUCGUGAUCCACCCGCUUUGGCCUCCCAAAGUACUGGGAUUACAGGCGUGAACCACCACGCCCGGAUGGUUUUUCCUCUUUAAGAGAACAGGUCAGUUGUCUUGAAAAAUGUCUCACGUUCGGGAUUCAACUGAUUAUUUACAUGUGGGUUGUUCCGGUACCCCCUGUAGUUUCCAUAAAUUAGAAGUUAGGGCAAAAGGCUUGAUUGGGUUGUUUAAACAUUUUUAAUGAUAACACCUCACAGAUGUAUUUCAUAGUGCAUCAUAUCAAAAGUCUCAUUAAUAUCAGGUUGACUCACUAUCAAUGGAUCACUCAUUUGAGGUCACCAGAUCUUCCCAAUAAAGGUAGUUUUUCCUAUUGCAAUUAGUCUGUGGACUGACACUGGCAGCACAUGGAUAUUUCGAUUGCCAACAACUUUUUACCUGGUAAAAAGUAACCAACGGUGAUCGUUGCCUGAAUCCAUUGUCUCAUCAGUGUUUGCAAAAUGACAAUUUUCUAAUUCUAUCACUCUACAUUUGUUGAGUGGCAUUCUUGUAUAACCUUCCCUCAUCAACUAGGAAUGCACUAGAGGCACAGUCAGCAAUUAUUUUCCCUUAAUUACCAGUGUAGGAGUUUAAUUACCAGUAAAGAGUUUGAUGCUCUCAUCUGCAGUGAUAACAAAUGAUUCAAUGUGUUAACAGUCAUUUAUCAUCAUUGUUUCUGAUGUUCAGAUUGUCCCAAAUUUGGCCAGGUGGAGCCCUUCAAGUAUCUCUUACGUCCUUUUGACAUUCACUCUCUAGCCUUUGGACACUUGAUUGCCUUCUAACACAAGAUAUCUCAAGUUGACCUUGCAUUUUCAAUGCCCCAGGCAUGGAAUGAAACCUUUUUCCAAGAAUCCCUGGCUGCUUUUAAUAGGUAGCUAUUUAGAAACCAAGAUCUGGGCACUAGGCAUUCUCACCGCUCCUGGAGUGUCACUGGCAAUUCUUUCCAACCAUUCAAGUUGGUUUUCAUAAAGACAACUCUUCACUCAUGCCAUCAGUUAUGUAAUAUCUGUGUAAUGAGGGAUAUAAUUACAUAACUGGGAGAAACUUUCAGGUGCAAACAACUAAAUCUUGUUAAGCAUGCACCUAAAUUGGAGAGAACACUUCCAUGUUAUGUAUGCUAGAAAGCAGCAAAUUAGCUGCAAAAGGCCUGUGACAAGGCCAUCAGGAAAUUUACAAGGGAAUAGAGCUUGUCAGUUAAUCUGCCAAGUGGGUUAAGUAGAGGGCAAUUAAGAAAGCAACUAGAUGUAUACCUAAUACGUUGUGUUUUAACUAUUAUAUGUCUUGAUAACUUACGGUAUUUCUAAGCUAAUAGCCCUCCUUUCCCAUCACAUCUCUUAAGGCAGAUUUCUGGUAAGAUCUAAAUAUUAAUCCUAAGGAUCUGUUUCAUGCAAAUCUAAGUACUAGUUUUUCUUACUAAACCUUUAUUUGGUCUCUAAAACUUUAAGGCUGUUAUGUUUCAUUCUUUGUCUUCUGGUGUCAGUUCACUUGCAUGUGCCUGUAAAUGUAUUCUUACUCCUCUGUUUCUGUUCUCCCCAUGGCGCUAUCUUUCUUAUUAGUCCCUUAGAACACUAUAAUCAUUAAAAAUGGCAAGCAUG